GAAAGAGCGUUGGGAUCAUGGCAAUUGUUCAGAAAUGAACACGUGGACUCAUCUAAGUCAAGUAAGACCAAAUACGCCAAUUCGGACUCUCACAAUAUUAAAAGGAACAGCAAAGUAUCCCUGCCAAAAUUGCAGGAUGUCCCGUGUCAACUUUUUAAUCAAUUGAAAGACGAACUUCAUGACUUUACGGAAAAGGAUCAGCGGCUUCUUGAUGCAAGCCUUAGAGGACAUCUUGCUAAAACCUUUGGUAUCACUAAAAUUUUUCCUUUAUAUUUAGACCGUUCUGAAUUUGUGAUGUGGUUUCUAGAUGAAAAUAAAUGCUUGUUUAUGUGGAAUGAAAUGGAGAAUAGUGUGAUAUAUAUGGGAUCCGACUUGGAAGAAGGAAUCAAGAAUUAUCUCAUCCAUCCGGAUAGGUUGUGUUAUGUCAUCGAAUACACUUUUGAGCGGGUACCUGUAAAUGAAGAAGAUCGUCGUUUGGAUGAAGAAAUCAAAAAUAACUUAGAGGAGAUAGGGUUUGAGAAGAUGAUUUUGGAGGCUAAGGCUAAUUUUCUGGUUUCAAAAGGAAAAAAAGCAAGAAAGAAAUAA